AACAGAGAACGGAGAACGUGCGAAACCAGACAGUGCGAAGGCAGGUGGUCGAGCGGAAAACCAAAUUUGACAGGAUGGGGCCGCGGGAUUUUAAAUCGUUAAUACUUCACGUUUUAUUAGGCAUGACCUUCUUCGAGAUCUGUGCAGCCCAGAACGAUAUCACUUUAUCCAUAUACUCUGCAACAUCAAAAAGUAUAACGGCCCGGUGGACUAGGUAUCCUGGGGCCAGCUCAUACAGACUCACCGCAACGCCUAAAAAUUCGCCCGGAUCCGUGUUUGCCCAGUUCAGUGGAAGUACAGUGAUGGGAUCCCUCAUCUCCCUUACCCAGAAUACGGUGUACACCAUUAGGGUAGAAGCUAUGAACAACUCUUUUACAGUCCUCAGUACCGCUGCAGUUGAAGAAACCACAGCUCCUGAAGUGCCUACGAUUACCCGUGCCUUCUCAAAGAUGAGCGACCGUAUCACGGUGGAGUUUCCAAGUGUGACUGGGGCCUCCGCGUACAUUGUGCGGGCCGAGUCUGUGGCGGAUGGAUUCUUCUCUGAGACCGAAGUGCCCGCUAACUCAGCGUUCUACCAGGCUACCGUCCUCGGCCUCAGCCCUUACACCUUGUACACCCUCAGCGUCAUGUCUGUCAACGGCAUAUCGAUAAGCCAGCCAUCCCUGCCCGUGGAAGCAAGGACAGUGGUUGCAGCGCCACAGCUCAGCUCCAUGUCUCCCAGCAACGACACCAUCAUGGUCACCUGGCCGCCAGUGGACCACGCUGUGCUCUACUCUCUCACCAUCAUCAUGGAGGGCUCGAGCACCCGGUUUGACAUCAACACCACCAGUACCGUUGAGGAGUUCAACAACCUAGAGGCUGGAACCAACUACUUCAUCAAGGCCAAUGCUUGGGACCCUGAGGGCAUCCCUGGUGAUGUCAUCACCAUCUCUCAGAUCACACGUCCUCCGAGCCCGGACACCGUCCAGGUGAUGCUGGCCACUGGCCGGUCGAUGGGGAUGGCCAUACACUGGGGCAAUGUACGAGGAGCCGAUGACUAUCUUGCCCUCAGCUCCACCGGGCAGAACUGCACCUCCACGGACACUUACUGCAUCAUCUCCCCACUCACCUGCGGCCAGAACCACACCGUCACUGUCACUGCUGAGAACCAGGCCGGGCCCAGUGACCCCUCCCAGCCCGAAGACUUCCUGACCUUCCCCUGUCCCCCUGAGUGGCUGUCACUGGAGGAGACGGUGCCGGGCAACUGCACGCUGCACUGGGAUGAGGUGGAGUGGGUGGACUACUACAUCGGCUUUAUGAAGAGGGAUGAUGGCUCUGAGCUGUACUGCAAUACCACAGGUGCUAGCUGCAGCUACCACUGUGACUGUGGCUACACCUACUUCAUGACCGUCUUCGCCUAUAACUUCGCCGGCUCCAGCCCCCCUGGGCCCGUCAUCAACUACACCACUGUCCCCUGCUGCCCGGAGGAGGUGUCUAUAUCGCUGGUGUCCACAGAGACGCUGGAGAUCAUGUGGGCGCCUGUGCGCGGGGCGGACUUGUAUGAGACCAAGGCAGCGGGUUCAUCCGACCUCAUCCUCUGCAAUGACACAGCUCCCGUGUGCGCCCUCUCCGACCUCAGCUGUGACACGGCGUACAGCGUGGUGGUGACACCCUGCAGUGAGGCCCGUGGCUGCAACCUCACCUGCAUGCCGCACACCCGGGAGACAGCUCCCUGCUCCCCGGAGAUCCUGAGCAUCACCCAGAGCAAUGGGACCAGUGUGCUAGUCACUUGGAGUGCCAGCAAUCGUGAGGCUAACUACACUGUCAAUGUGGUGGGAAAGACGGGCUCCCACUCCUGCCAGUCGACCGGGAUGUCCUGCGAGGUCCCUGGUCUGCCCUGUGGAUCAACAUAUGAGGUCACCGCCUUCGCCAGGGCCUCUGUGGGGCUCAGUUUGCCCAGCUACACCGUUCCCUUGGAGACAGGACCCUGCUGUCCCCAGAGCCUGUCCGUGAUGCAGGUGACCCAGGCCAUGUCCAAUGUGACCUGGUCGGCGGCCACUGGAGCCCAGUCCUAUGUCACCUCUCUGACGUCACCACGGGGCGAUGCUAAAUGCCACACCUUGGAUACACACUGCCUGAUGGGAUGCAUCACCUGUGGCACCAGCUACACUGUGUCCCUGGAGGCCAUCAGCAGGACAGGGCACAAGUCUGAGUGCACCUACCACGGCUUCUCCUCCAGUGCUUGCUGUCCCACUAGCGUCAAGUUGUACAGACUGAGCAACAACACCAUACGGGUGUACUGGCGCUCCUCCGGCAACCUCAGCAACUACACGGUCGACCUCCAGGGCGCCAUCGCCAACUACACAUGCGCCCCGCUCCUGGGGAGCAGCUCCUGUGACGUGUCGGAGGUCGUGUGCGGUGAUGUCUAUACCGUGGUGGUGGCUCCGUUGACACGUGAAGGCACCAGGAUCGAAUUCUGUCCCAGAAGGAUAUAUUCUGUUUCCUGCGCAGGGAGCAGUGUUGGAAUGGUUAUCUAUCGAGGGAAAAGAAUCCCCGCUACAUCACAGAUAACCUUCUCUCGGGCGAUAUCGAGCACCGCAAUCCGCUUUGAGUGGUCAAGCGUGAGCGGAGCAGACAGGUACUUCCUAAUAGUUGAACCCAUAGCGGGUGGAGAAACGUUCAACCACACCUUCACCAAUCUGAGCGGCGAGGUGAGCAACCUGCAGCCAUCCACGUCUUACAACUGCUACGUAUACUCUUCCAACGUCGCUGGCUUAGGUUCAGCUAGCCGUGUAAGGACCGUCACGACGUCCAUCAACGCGGUGACGGCCAUCUCAGUGGACUACAGCUGCUCUAGCGGCAUGGCCACGGUGACGUGGGGCACGGUCUUCGGGGCCACCUCCUACCGUGCCACAGCCACUGCCGGUGACGGCACGACACUGAGCUGCACCUCUGUGGCGUCUAGCUGCCAGAUCACCAGGGUGGCAUGUGGGGAGCGGUACCUGGUGCAGGUGACGGCCAUCUCUGACGACUGCGAGAGCACCUCUAACAUCACCGCCUUCUUUGAGACGGUGCCCUGCCCCCCCACUGACCUGAACACCUUCCGAGAGUGCUCCAGUAAUGUGAUUAUCUUCUCCUGGGCUCCCACCAACAACACGGCCUACUAUGUGGCCACGGCGCUGGGCUCGGAUGGGGAGGUGACGGAGUGCCGCACCACCGAAACUGCUUGCUUCUUCACCAGCACGGACUGUGGCCAAGGCUACCAGUACACUGUCUACUCCGUCAGCGGCGAGUGCAACAGCGGGCUCAGCCCAGCUGCCCACGUGCGCACGGCACCCUGCGAGCCCCAGAACGUGAAGACUACUGCCGAGUGCCAGUCAGACGUGCUCAUCACCACUUGGGACACAGCAGCCGGGGCUCUGUCCUACACCGUGGAGGCACGGGGCAACAACGGCGACUACUACAACUGCAGCUCCUUCACCAACAGUUGCGCUAUGCCUGGUGUCAGCUGUGGGGAGAGCCUGAGUGUGUGGAUCACUGCCUCUGAUGAUGACUGCACCAGUGACCGCACCCUUGGGGAGGUGGCAGAGACAGUGCCGUGCACCCCGCAGAACGUGACGUCGGUCAGGGACUGCGGCUCAGACUACAUCACCCUGGACUGGGAGAUGAGCGCCGGCGCCGUGUUCUACAUUGCCUCAGCCGUGCAUGCCGACGGCACAAUGCGCACCUGCAAUGCCAUGGCAACCGAGUGCCGCAUUGAAGGCCUGCGCUGUGGGCAGACCUACACUGCCUUCGUCAUUGCCACCAACUUCAAGUGCAACAGCUCGGAGAGUGUGCGUGUCACCGCGGAGACAGCCCCGUGCCCGCCUGACCACAUCGAGGCCUUCCUAGACUGUGAGGCCAACCAUGCGCUGAUCGUGUGGCAGAACCACCAGAGCAUGGGCUCAUACACAGCCAUCGCCGAGGACGCCCACGGUGGCCUGCUUAGCUGCUCCACCACCAGCAACAACUGCAUCAUCCCCGAGCUCAAAUGUGGCCAGCAGUACGCAGUCAGCGUCACACACCACGAUGGCACGUGCUCCAGCCUGCCCUCAACCGCCAUCCAGAUGGACUCCGGGGAGUUGAUGGUGGGCUGGGAUGUGUCCAUCCCGGGACAGAACUACACCACCAUCGUGUCAGAUGGGAACGGAGAGAGGAUAUCCUGCAACUCCUCAGAGACACACUGCAGGCUCAGUGGCCUGGAGUGUGGCACGUCCUACAUGGUCGUGGUUUUCUCUGUCAACGGGACUUGUAAAAGCAUGCCUAGCAGCGACGUGGUCUUCCAGGAAGCACCGUGUGUGCCCACCAAUGUGACUGCUGAGCGCACCUGCGGCGAGAGCAUGGUCACUGUGCACUGGGAGGCCAGCCGUGGAGCCCUGCGCUACACCGCUGUUGCUGUAGGCAGCGGCGGACACCGGUCCGAGUGCUCGUCCAACAGCACAGCCUGCAACAUGGCUGACCUGCUGUGCGGGCAGGUGUACACCAUAGGGGUGGUGGCGGUGGACGACAACUGCACCAGCCCGCAGAGCCAGCUGAUGACACUGCGCACAGGUAGAGAGGGGGCAGGGACAAGGUGA